AUGGAGGGUACUGAGCAAUUACACGAAGUUUCUCAUCUGGGGAGCGGUGUGGACCAUCGGGCUGAUUUCGCCAAGGAGACUGUCAUCGAUGACUCCAUGGUAGGAUACAAUACGCUGCUGGACAGAGGAUCUGCCAAUGGCUCGCUGCCUCAGACAGAUGCAUCUGAUCGGGGAAACCGGAACCAUGCCAUCCCCGACCCGGCUGUUGGCAUGGCCUUUGACUCCGAGAGGGCUGCCUUUGAGUACUACAACCAAUAUGCGAGGAAGGUCGGGUUCAGCGUCCGGUGGGACUGCAAGACUGUGAGCAGGAAGACGGGCUUGACGAUUGCAAGGCUGUUCGUGUGCAGCAAGCAGGGCUACCGUGGAGACGGGAAGAUCCGGGACCUGUUCGCCAAGUACCACCGGGAGGACACGAGGUGUGGCUGCCCGGCCUUCAUGAAGAUCAAGCUGGCGGCCGAUGACAGAUUCCACAUCUCCGACUGCAACACGGCCCACAAUCACGAGCUCGCCACCCCGCACUACGUGCACAUGCUGCGGUCGCAGAGGCCCCGGUUGGGCAGUGGUGGCGCCCAGGGCUCAGCAUCUGGAAAGAGGAAGAGGAGGAAGAAGGACCCAGUGGCGGGGGCAGCAGACGAUGGCGGCGGCGACAGCGAGGGGUUGGGGAUGGAGGCGGCAGCCAUGUCCCAGAGCAUGAGCCAGCAGGCGGUGGACAGCAAUGAUGAUGGGAUGAUGCAGCAGCUGCAGGUGGACUGCCGGAAUUACUUGCCGACAAGGAGGAUGACGGGGCUGCAGAAGUUUGACGGCCAUGGGCUGCUGGAGUACUUCAGGAACAAGCAGGCGCAGGACCCGUUUCUGUUCUAUUCGUUCCAGUUUGACGUGGAGGAGCAGAUCACUAACAUCUUCUGGGCUGAUCGGAGGAUGAGGGUUGACUUCAACCAUUUUGGGGACGUCAUCUGCUUCGACACCACCUACAAGAUGAACGACUACGGGCGGCCGCUGGCGCUGUUCCUGGGGGUCAACCACCACAAGCAGCUGACCGUCUUCGGGGUCGCCCUGCUGUACGACGAGACCGUUGACUCCUUCAGGUGGGUCUUCAGGACCCUGCUGGAGGCCAUGGGGGGGAGGAUGCCGGUCACCCUCCUCACCGACGAGGGUGAGGCAAUCGCGGCCGCGGCGGCGGCGGAGCUCCCCUACGCCGCCCACCGGCUCUGUGUGUGGCACCUCUAUCAGUGGGCGCUGAAGAACCUGGGCCACAUCUUCAGCGGCGCCAAGAGCUUCGACGACGACCUCGGCAAGUGCCUGUUCGACUGCGAGCUGGAGGCGGACUUGUUCGAGGCCUGGAAUGCCAUGCUGGUGAAGUACUCCCUCUUUGAGAACGCCUGGUUGCAGCAGAAGUUCGACGAGCGGGAGCGGUGGGCGGCGGCAUACGGGCGGAGCACCUUCUGCGCCGACAUCCGGAGCUCGCAGCGGGCCGAGUCGUUGACCAGGGAGCUCCGGAGCUGCCUCCAACUCCCCGGCGGUGGCGGCGGCGGCGGUGACGGCGGCGUCCUCCGCUUCUUCGCCCGCUUCGAGCGAUUCCUGGAGGGUAAGCGCCGCCAGGAGCUGGAGGCGAACUUCAGGAUGACGCAGAGUCAACCCUACGUGCCUCCGGUGAGCAUCAUCAAGCACGCCGCCCGGGUCUACACCUCCUCCGUCUUUUACAUGUUCAUGGCGGAGUACGUCGUCGGGCUGGAGUGCCUCAUCAAGAACGAGGAAGUCAACGGGCAGGUCAGGGUUCUGACCGUGGAGGACGGGCGGCGCCACGAGUACCUGGUGCGGGUUGACUUGCACGAGCAGGUCUUCGGUUGCAGCUGCCAGAGGUUCGAGUUCGCCGGCGUCCUCUGCGGGCACGUUCUGGCUUGCAUCACCGACGACUUGAGGGUCAUCCCCGAUCGGUACGUGCUCAAGCGGUGGACCCGGGCCGCCGGCGGCGCCGGCGAGCCGCCCUCCGGCGAGACCACUCCGCCCCCUCCUCAUCUCCAUUCCCGGCGGUACGAUCUCCUCGUCCGGGGCUUCGUCCCCGCCCUGUUGAAGGCCGCCGGUGACGAGGACCUGUACAACUGCGCCGUGAGGCACCGGCUGGCGAUGGAGGAGGAGAUGGGUAGGAUCGCUGGAGAGAAGGCCCCCUCCUCUGCUUCUGCUUCUGCUGCUGCCGCCGCCCCCGCUCCGGGGAGCAGCCUCUACGUGGAGCCCCAGCCAAGGAACAUAGCCGGCGAGAUCUCCGGCGAAGGCAGCGAGCAGGCCAUCUGGGUCGUCUGA